AUGCCUAAAAAUUUAAAGCAAACAAAAAAUAAACGUAAUAAACCGUUUAUUGUUGGUUCAAAUAACGAUUCCAUGUUGAAUAUAGAAACUAAUAUUAUCAGUUCCAAUAUUGUUCUUAAGCCGAGAUUCCCACCUAAUUUGACAACAGACGAACUCAUUAAGAAUGCUAUUAAAUCCAACGCAUCUAACAACA